AUGGUUUUUCAUAAAGAAAUAUAUAUUAUGCGACAUGCACAAGCAGAACAUAAUGUAAGCAAAAACUACAACUUAAAAGAUCCAGUAUUAACAGAAUUUGGCAAAGAUCAAGCAAGACUUCUUUUAUUACAUUUUGAACAACUUAAAAAAGUAGAAUUAAUCAUUUCAUCACCAAUGCGUAGGGCAUUAGAAACUGUUAUGAUUGGAUUUGAUGGAUAUCUGGAUUUAAAAGAUCAAAAACAUAUAAAUUAUCCAUCUAUACCCUUAAUUAUUUUACCACAACUUCAAGAAACCUCUGAUAGAAAUUGUGAUACAUGUUCGUCACUCAAAAAUUUAAAAUCAUGGUUUCCCUCAUUAGAUUGGAGCUUCUGUAGUCAAGAACAGUUAUUAAAAACAGGUUUUUUUGCUUAUGAGCCAAGCAUGCUUGAGAAAAGAGCCAUUUGGCUAAGAAAUUGGAUUUCUAAACGUAAAGAAGGCAAAAUAUUAAUUGUUUCUCACUUAAGUUUCAUCAAAUAUUUAGUAGAUGAUUCAACUUAUUGGGCAAAUCUUGAAAUAAAGAAAUAUAAUAUUGGAACUGGUCCUAUUUUCAAACAGGUUCCUUUUUCAUAA